ACUGACAACUCGGUUUUCAUCCUGGUUCAUCCCGAGGGCCCGGAAUUCUUCCUCCCGAGUACUGGAACUUUAUCCGAUAAUUCGAUGAGUACGACAACGUCAACGACCACCUACCGACCUGCGGCAAAACGCCAAGAGAGAAGAUUCCACGGACGAAUGAAGAAUUUGCUGGCUUUCGCACCUUUCGACAAGAGAUACAAUCUGGCAGCAAUUUACAAUGGAACGGAGAAAUACAAAGAGCCCCAAAUGGUGGAACGAUUGAACGAGUCACUGAUCAUUUUGACGUACGACAAUUCAAGUUUAAAUACCAACAAUAACAAAAUGUUCACUUACGGUUUGCUUGGCUGGGGUAGACAAGGAAAUAGUAAUGGGGGUUGGUAUCCAAUAGCCGAGGUGGUUGAAAGCCGAGAGUAUUUGGUGGUGCAGGAACUAGUGGAAAACGAUCUCGUUGAUGAAGAGACACUUGACCCAGUGGUGUGUUCCAAUGAAAGCGAGUGCAUCGGUGAUCACCGAGGCAAUGGAAACGAUCACCUCACAAUGAGGACAUCUCAUAUUGUUGUUAUCAUCUUGACGUGCUUAUUGUUGACAUUUAUGUUGUUUAUUACGAUGAUAUUGGUCCGGAGGCAUUUGGUUAGCAAGAGAGUCUCCAAGGGACCCUUCAAAAUUAUUCUCACCGCAUCUGAUUUCGUUUUUCCUCAGCCCACCGAUAAUAGAAGGGUAGAUGAAGGGAUAGAGACAAUGCUGUGUUGCUGGCUGAAACAACUGCAGGAAUUCGGUGGUCCUGAGGUUGAGAAGCCAGAUCUACUCCAGGGCAGCGUUGGAUCGCUCAAGCCCCAUUUGAAGGCAAGCACUGGUAGUCUAGCAUGGCAUACCAUCCUCAAGGAUCCUCGGGCAAGAUACAACGGGGACUUGGUACAACUCAAGGAGCUGCCCUGCCAGACUAACAACUUCGAGCUCAAGGGUAAAGCCAUGGAUGUGCUGAUCAUGAUACAUGGACUGAGGCAUGAGAAUCUGAAUCCUUUUAUUGGAUGCUUGACUGAGCCAGCGAGGCCCUGUUUAGUGUCGGAAUAUUGCACUCGAGGGUCUCUCGAGGACGUUCUCAUGCAGGAUGAGAUUAAACUCGAUUGGUCCUUCAGGCUGUCCUUGCUUACUGAUCUCGUGCGGGGGAUGAAGUACUUGCAUAACAGCCCGAUUCGUGUGCACGGUUUCCUCACCUCUCGAAAUUGCGUUAUUGACGCCAGAUGGGUCCUCAAAGUCGCUGAUUACGGUUUGCCAGCUUUUUAUGAAGCACAGAACAUCGUCACACCGACGAAGAAUGCUAGAGAUUUACUGUGGACGGCGCCAGAGUUAUUGAGACACUCGGGCCUACGUAAAAGAGGCACCCAACCGGGUGACGUUUACAGCUUUGGCAUCAUAAUGCAGGAAGUUGUUGUACGAGGCGAGCCCUUCUGCAUGUUGGCACUAUCCCCCGAAGAUAUUAUCGCGAAAGUGAAAAAACCACCACCGCUCAUACGACCCUCUGUGAGUAAGGGUGCAGCACCCCCUGAAGCGAUCAACAUCAUGCGCCAGUGCUGGGCCGAGGCAGCUGACAUGAGACCCGACUUCAAUGCUGUUCACGAUUUGUUCAAAAAAUUGAAUCACGGACGGAAAGUCAACUUUGUCGACACCAUGUUCCAAAUGCUGGAGAAGUAUUCCAAUAAUUUGGAGGAACUCAUUCGGGAGAGGACGGAACAGCUCGACAUGGAGAAGAAAAAAACUGAACAGCUUUUGAAUCGAAUGCUCCCUAGCACUGUUGCAGAGAAAUUGAAACUGGGAAUGCCGGUGGACCCCGAGGAAUUUGCCGAAGUGACAAUAUACUUCUCCGAUAUCGUGGGAUUCACAGCAAUUUCAGCUCACUCGACCCCUUUCCAAGUGGUCGAUUUACUCAACGAUCUGUACACCUGUUUCGACGACACGAUAAAUGCAUACACUGUCUACAAGGUUGAAACAAUUGGUGAUGCUUACAUGGUAGUUGGUGGCUGUCCCGUUAGAAUUCAGGAUCAUGCAUCACAAAUAGCGACAAUGGCACUUGAUUUAUUACACCAGAGUGGCAAAUUCAAAGUCCGACAUCUGCCCAAGACCCAAUUACGACUCAGAAUCGGUCUCCACACCGGUCCCUGUUGUGCUGGUGUGGUGGGUCUGACAAUGCCUCGUUAUUGUUUAUUCGGUGAUACUGUAAACACAGCGUCGAGGAUGGAGUCAACUGGUGCACCCUGGCGAAUUCACUUGAGUCAAGCGACUCGUGACAGACUUUGCCAAGUCGGUGGUUAUCAUAUUGAGUACCGAGGAUGUACAGAUGUUAAAGGUAAGGGCAAAAUGCCCACAUACUGGUUACUCGGUAAACAAGGCUUCGAUAAGCCACUGCCAACACCACCACCACUCGGGGACGAUCACGGAUUGGAGGAGAGUCUAGGGAUGAAGCCAGAAGGUGACAGUUCACCUCCAUCAGAGGUUUCUCCAGUGGAGGCCCCGAAGAUAAUCCGUGAGCCGACGAUCGACGAGCUGACGAUACCCUCGACAAAGGACGAUGACGACAACAGUUCGGGUCAGAGCAGUUCUUCCUUCACGACGACAUGCACAAGCUCAAAAUUCUCAGCUGCACCAUCACUCCAGGAGCGUCCGAGUCGUCGUGUUGCCGUAUCAGUUCACGAUGACAGAGAUCUAAAUUUCCCUGGCACCGGUUCAGACGUGGCAGCUGUUCUCCUAGGGGCAGCCUCCACCACAUCCCUGAGCUCAAUAUCAAGCUCUGCAUUUCGGGGUACAAGCAGCAGACACCGACGAGUUGGACACAUAGACGAGGACGAUCUCAGCACACCGUACAAUCACUACAGGUGUCUAUCCCCGAAUGAGUAUUACACCAAGGGCUCAAGUCGUUUGCUCAAGAGGCAGUUUAGCCUUGAUCGGGCUGACGAGCCCGUAUCGAUAAUAUCCGAGUGCUCCAUGUCCUCGACUUCCAUAUCUCGCGGUCCGAGACUCUACAAGCAGAACAGCGCCGGCGCUGCCAAUGAUCUCGAGAAGAUUGAAGAAGUACCCAGUGCACCAGCUUCACAUCAAACUUAUCGACAUGCUGCCUCCAUGUCACUCUCCGUUGAGUCGUUGACACUCCGUUGAACUUAUUACGUGGAGAUUAUUUAGUCACUCCUGUCCGAAUCUCCUACCAAAGUUCUGUUUAUCCUCGACAUUAAAAUGUUACUAAGGGCCACGGAAUACAUCCGGAGAGAUAAAUCUCCUUUGGACACAGCAAUAAUUACAAUAAUUACAAUAAUUACAAUAGUUAAAAUAAUUACAAUAAUUAAAAUAAUUACAAUAAUUACAAUCCUUGUUAAAAAAUUGUUGUCCACCCUAGUCACUUUAUACUUUCAGUCCUCAAUGCCGCCCUCUCUUAUAUACGAAUGACAUAUUAUCCCAUAUCUUUUCAGAACUCAGGGAGUCAGCUUCCCAACGAUACUGCUCUCAUUCGCCUAUUUUCAGUCUGUAUUAGACUAUGAACGAUUGAACAUGAUUACAAUGUGUCGCAUCCACUCUGUGUUAAGGUUGUUGUCGCGCAGAAUUUUUUUUCGACAGUUUUCGUUUAAACCUUUAUGGUGAAUAGGUUGAAAAAAUAGCUCCAAAAUGAGCCCUUUCCGUUUGCAGUUGACCGUUUUGAACUUGAGAUAUAAAUUUUUGAAAUUCGAGUGAUUUAACACGUGUUUAAAUGGAG